CUUAUAUAAUUAAACCUAAAUUACUCAAUUUCAUUACACAAUGUUUUUACACAAAUUAAUAUUACUAGUGGUUUCUUUGAUUCUCGUCACCAAAAAUGUCAAUUCCGAGCGAAUUCUCGCCAUGGUCAUGAUUCCAUCCUACAGUCAUCAAAUGUUUUAUCAACCAUUAUGGAGAGAACUAGCCAUCAAAGGUCAUGACGUUGUCGUGAUUACAACUGACCCAACUAAUGAAGUGCUCCCAAACUUUAAAGAAAUUGGCAUCAAAGAAUCCUAUCCAACUAUGAAAAAGUUUUUGGAUGAAAUGAUCAACACCACAAUGCUACAAAAUAUAUGGGAGAAUAAAUGGGCAGAAGUUAGUAUAUCAUUGACUGAAUUUCAAUUUAAUCUACCGCAAAUACAAGAACUAAUCCAUAACAAAUCGGAGCAUUUUGAUCUGCUAAUUAUUGAGCAUUUUCCAUCGCCAGCUUUCGGAUUACAAUAUCGUUUUAAUUGCUCUAUGAUUGGUGUAGUGUCAUUGGAUGCCAUGUCUGUAUCACAUGAGAUAAUGGGAAAUGCGGAUCAUUUUAUUUUAUAUCCGUCGGCUAUAUUGCCAUAUCAAGAAGAUUUUACGUUCGUUCAAAGAAUUGGUGCUUUGAUGUUUGGUGUCGUAGUGAAUUACAUGCAGUAUGCAAGUUUUGGAAUGUAUACAGAUUUGGCUAGGCAAUAUUUCGGAAAGGAUAUGCCUCCAAUUGGAGAUAUUAUUGAGAAGACAGAUAUGUUGUUUGUAAAUGCAAACCCUGUGUUCAGUCAGGUAAGGCCAUAUACGCCUAGUACAAUUUCAAUCGCUGGAGGAAUGCACAUGAAAGCUGAAAAGCCACUUCCUAAGAACUUAAAAGACUUUUUGGAUAAUGCGAAAGAUGGCGCCAUAUACUUCAGUCUUGGUAGUAAUGUGAGAAGCAAUGAGCUGUCCAUGAAUUUACGUAAAAUUAUUAUGGAGACUUUAGCUCAAGUACCAUAUCCUGUUCUAUGGAAAUUUGAAAACGAUGACCUGCCUGGUAAACCUGAUAAUGUCAUGAUUACAAAAUGGGCUCCACAACAAGAUGUUUUAAGACACAAAAACGUUAAAUUGUUUAUUACUCAAGGAGGUCUUCAAUCACUCGAAGAGUCAUUAUAUUCUCAUGUGCCUGUUGUCGUGUUACCCUUCUUUGGUGAUCAGGAAGCCAACGCAGAUAAAGUAAAUCGCAAAGGCAUGGGUGUUGCGCUUGAUAGACACAACCUCAAUGUGGAGGACUUCAAGAAAGCCAUCUUUGAAGUAAUGGAAAACCCAAGCUACAGAAAUACAGUCAAACAAAUGGCUAUACGAAUUCAGGACACACCACGAACGCCGCUGGAAAAUGCAGUUUGGUGGAUUGAAUACGUUCUUAGACACAAAGGAGCACAGCACUUAAAGGGUCCCAGAAUUCCAUUCUAUCAAUAUUAUUAUUUAGAUGUUAUUUUUGUCCUGGGUGCUACCGUUUCUACUCUGAUUGGAUUACUAAUUCUUAGUGUUAAAUAUAUUUGCAGAGGUGUUUGUUGUUUGAUGAAAUGCAACAAAACUAAAACAACUAAAAAAGAAAAAGUUAAGAAAAACUAAAACUAAAGAAUGUUAAUGUAUUGAUGAAACCGCCUACAAUAAACAUUUAAUAAACUUGCA